AUGGCAGAAAAGGGGACUCCAUCCGACGCUCGGUCUGGGCCGCAUCGCCCUGCCAGCUCCCAUAACUUCUCUAGGAACUUUAGUAGUUCCCAAGACGAGGACAUCACAAAGACUGGUUAUUUCUCUCAUUACACUCCUUUUGCCCACGCAAUAUCAAAUAUGAGCGUCAUUUUAUGUACUGCGGGGUAUGACCAUACCAUUCGCUUUUGGGAAGCGCUCUCGGGUAUCUGUUCGCGAACAAUCCAGCACCCAGAUUCCCAGGUCAACCGCCUUUGCAUCACCCCGGAUAAGAGAUUCUUGGCUGCCGCUGGCCACAACACUGUUAAGCUGUUUGAUAUCAAGUCGACCAACCCGAAUCCCGUGAUCACUUUUGAAGGUCACACGAACAACAUCACCGGCGUGGCAUUCCAUUGUGAGGGGAAAUGGAUGGUCACAAGCUCCGAGGAUGGAACUGUCAAGGUCUGGGAUACUCGUACGGGUAGUUUGCAGCGUAACUACGCUCAUCGGGCUCCGGUCAAUGAUGUGGUUAUUCAUCCCAAUCAAGGCGAGCUUAUCAGUGGUGACCAUGCUGGGAUGGUCCGUGUCUGGGACUUGGGCGAGAGUGUCUGUACUCACCAAUUGAUUCCGGAGGAGGACACGGCGGUUCUCAGCGUCAGUGUCGCAAGCGAUGGAUCAUUACUCUGUGCUGGAAACAAGAAGGGCAACGUCUAUCUAUGGCGCAUGGUCCAGACCGAUGAAACGACUCGUAUAAUUCCCGUUUGUACCUUCCAAGCUCAUAAGGACUACCUUACCCGUGUUCUCCUUUCUCCCGAUGUCAAGCAUCUUGCAACCUGCUCCGCAGAUCAUACUGCCAAAGUUUGGAAUCUGGAUGCCGAGUUCCCACCUGCCAAGGCGGCACUCAAGCAAUGGAAGGAGAAGGAAGCCUUGAACCCCCCAGUUGAAGCUCCGGUCGAGCCUCCGGUAGCCCCCAUAGAGGCUCCCCCUAAGUCCCGGGAUCUGCUCCGAAUUUUCGACACACCCGCGCAGGACCGUGACCUCCUCCGCAUCACUGACAAUCCUCCUCGCCAGGAGACACCGCAACAAACAUUUACCUCAUCCCCCGACGGACCUCCUAUGGAUCCGGUCAACCACACAUUGUUUUUAGAGACCACUCUCGCCAAUCACCAACGCUGGGUCUGGGACUGCGCGUUCUCUGCAGAUUCUGCAUAUCUUGUGACUGUCUCCAGCGAUCACUACGCUCGUCUGUGGGAGCUUAGUACUGGCAAUAUCAUUCGCCAGUAUAGCGGCCAUCACCGCGGUGCGGUCUGUGUUGCUUUGAACGACUACUCGGAGCCCCGUUAG